AUGUCGGACUCUUUCGACCUUGAUCUCGAGAAUUUCACGCACCCAGCGAUUCUGAAGCUCAAUGGCGCCUGGUGGUUCCAUGAGCUCAAUGAGGAAUGCUUCCCUGGGCAGACUUUCGGGCUUCGCGUGAACCGCGUGCUUCACCAUGAAAAGUCUGAGUUCCAGGACAUUUUGAUCUUCGAGCUGCUGACGUUCGGCAACGUGCUAGUGCUCAACGGCAUCGUCCAGUGCACAGAAAAAGACGAGUUUAGUUACCAAGAGUUGAUCACGCACGUGCCCAUCAUGAGCCACCCAUACCCAAAGAAGGUUUUGGUUAUUGGUGGUGGAGACUGUGGUGUGGUGCGUGAAUUGGUCAAACACUUAGGUAAAGGCGUGGAGGAAAUCACCAUGGUGGAAAUUGACCGCAAGGUUAUCGAGCUUAGUGUGCGUUUUCUUCCCGACAUGGCCAAGUUCCACGACCACCCCAAGGUGAACAUUGAAAUCGCCGAUGGCUUUCAGUUUUUAAAGGACUUGAGCUCACAGGAGGAGAAGGGCAAGUACGAUAUCAUCAUCACCGAUUCGCUGGAUCCCGAGGGCCCUGCUGAGGAGUUCUUCCAGGUCAACUACUUUGACUUGUUGAAGAGCGCAGUGAAGCAGGACGGUAUCGUUAUUAUGCAAAGCAGCGAGAACAUUUGGCUCAAUCUCACGUACCUUUCGAGCUUGAAGGAGAAGGCCCAGCAGGUGUUUUCCACGGUGGAGUACUGCCAGUGCUACAUGCCCUCAUACACAAGUGGGCAGUUGGGGCUUAUUGUGGCCACUAUGGACAAGAGCAAAAACUUGACAAAACCAUUGCGCACGUUACUGGCGGACCAGGAAGAGAAGAUGUUCAAAUACUACAGUGCUGCGGUGCACGAGUCGGCAUUUGUAUUGCCUACAUGGGCUGACCGGGCGCUUCGGUAG